AUGAGAGCGUCAAUUGGUAUUCUUGCAGGACUAGUGGAUGCUGGGCCAAACUGGAAACGAGGAUUGAUUAACUAUCUUGGCGAGCGUCUUGUUACUGCCACUCAAGAAAUCAACGACGAUUUCGAGCAUCAGGCGAGAAUCGAAAACACCGUUGAUAAAUUGUUGACUGGGCUUGCAGGCGUCAACACGAGUGCCUGUCCUAAAAAUGACGAGUACAAAAAUCACGAUCGGUAUCUUGAAGGAUACGACUGGUCGUAUGCCCCGCCCGUUGGAAGUUCCGAGGUUUGCGAUCUCGCGGUUCGUGUUCCGAUGAAAAUUCGAAGCUGGAAUCGACUCUUUGGAUGCGAAGCUGCUUACGAGAAAAAAUACAUGAAGCAGAUGAGAAAUCAAGCUUCCAGACUCAAGAAAAUGGUCCAAGAGCUCGGCAAUAUGCACGGACUGAAAUGCAAAUGCGAUGAUCCCUGCGACGCUCUUGAAGGAUGCUCAACUUUGAUCAAUUCUUGCGAGAGGCAAAUCUCUCUUGAAUUUGCUGAUUUGAGCAGCUCAUUUUCUAUAAAACCAAAUCUCGUUAUUUCUAUCGAUAUUAAAUGCCCCGAGGUAAAUGCUCAAGACGGAAAGAUCCUUUAUGCUCCCUUGAAUAACAUCAUGAACGGAGAGAAAAUUCUCAGCAUUGAAAGUAGUUUAUCAGAUGGGGGAAAGAACAUCGAGAUCGCGAAUGAACAAUUGAGCUACAGCUUCACUUGUCUUCCUGGAAAAUGGCAUUCUGUUGAGCUAGAGCAUAAAGAAUCGUCCGGAUUUCGACAAGAAUGGAUCAAAAUCGACGGUGAAAUCAAGCGCGCAAACAUUCAAAUGUUCUCAGAAUUUAGCGAUGCCCAAACUUUUGUCGGCCAAAUGCUCCACCUUGAUUACACAUUUCUCCAAAAUGAAGAUAGAGCAGAGACGAAAGUUCGCAAUUUAUUUGUUCAGACAUUCAAUUAA